AUGCCGGCGGCGGCAUUUCUGAUCGUCUUCCUUCAGGUGGCCGCCAUACAUGGCUAUCAAGCCGGCCGCUCAAAGUCAGUCAUCAUGGCCCCCAUGAUUGUCGCAGCUAUACUGGAAGGAGUGGGCUAUAUUUGCCGCCUCAUGUCGCACAACGAAUCCCCCAAUUUCACGUUGGUCCCUUACGCCAUCCAAUCCGUCCUCCUCCUCAUGGCUCCCACCCUCAUCUCCGCCACCAUCUACCUGCACGCCGAGCGCGUCUUCGUCGCCGUGCAAGCAGACAAGCCCAUCCUCCCCUGGAAGCUUCGCACCUACAAGCGAGUCUUCCUCCUCUUCGACGCCUUUUCCUUGAUCAUUCAGACCGCCGGAUCCGUCAUGCGUCUCACCAACCACAUUUCCUGGGUCCGCACAGGAAACCGAUUGGUCAUGACGGGUGUGGGUGAGCAGAUGCUCUUUGUGUUGCUGUUCUUGUUCGUUGCGGGGAAGUUUCAGUAUAACCUCUCGCGGAACCCCACGGCGCGCGUGGCCGGCAGAGGGCAAGGUGGUGGUUCGUUGGAGAACAUGCCUGUCAUCCCCUACGCCAAGCAUCUUUACCUCUUGUACGCAUCCUCGGCGAUGGUGGGCAUCAGAUGCCUGAUCCGGCUGUUGGAAACGCUGUACCCGACUUCCAUUGUCAAGACGAGCGAGGUGUUUCUGUACGUCUUUGACGCGGGUUUCAUGAUUCUUAUCAUGAAGUCGUUCCAUUUCAUCCACCCGAGCGAGCUGGAGGCUCUGAUCGAAUACUACGAAGUUGCUGAGGGAGGUCAGGUGGAAAUGGGCGGAGAAGAUGCGGGAAGGCAGAACAGCCAGGUCUAUUUCGCCGGAAUCAGGUUCUGGCAGGGCAAGAGACUGCAGGGGAUGUCUUUACCACUCUACACCCCUGGGUUGGUGGAAAGUGUCGACAGUACCCACGUGGUUGGGAAGACGGAAUCAGUCAGGGCUUUGAACAGGGCGCAUGUUGGGAGGUACUAG